AUGCUCUCCACACUUCGUCCUGUCGCCCGGACUGCGAUCCGUCAACAACAGGUCCUUCGCAUUGCUAGUGUCAACGCGUCCACAUGGGCCAGCGUUAAGGAGGGUCCUCCUGAUGCCAUCCUGGGUAUCACCGAGGCUUUCAAGAAGGAUAGCUUCAAGGAGAAGAUCAACUUGGGCGUUGGUGCAUACCGCGACGACAAGGGUAAACCCUACGUCCUCCCCUCCGUGCGGACCGCCGAACAGAAGCUCGUGCAGCAAAACCUCGACCACGAAUAUGCCGGCAUCACUGGUGUCCCCAGCUUCACCAAACAUGCGGCCGUCCUCGCCUACGGGCCCAACAGCAAGCCUAUCAAGGAAGACCGCGUCGCCAUCACACAGUCCAUUUCUGGCACGGGUGCCCUGAGAAUAGGUGGCGCUUUCUUCGAGCGAUUCUAUCCGCACGCAAAGACCAUCUAUAUCCCGACGCCGUCGUGGGCCAACCACAAGGCCGUCUUCAGUGACUCCGGCCUCGAGGUCAAGCAGUACAAGUACUAUAACAAGGACACCAUCGGCCUCGACUUCGACGGCUUGAUCGCCGACCUCAAGGCAGCCCCAAACAACUCCCUCUUCCUCCUGCACGCCUGCGCCCACAACCCGACCGGAAUCGACCCAACACAAGAGCAAUGGCAACAAAUCAGCAACGUCUUCAAGGAGAAGGAGCACUACCCGUUCUUCGAUAUGGCAUACCAGGGCUUCGCCAGCGGUGACACCGAUCGCGACGCCUACCCGGUCCGUCUGUUCAUCGAGCAAGGGCAUGGUCUCGCCCUCGCGCAGUCGUUCGCCAAGAACAUGGGCCUGUACGGCGAGAGAGUCGGCGCCUUCAGCAUCGUAGCAGACAGCGCCGAGGAGAAGAAACGCAUCGACUCCCAGGUCAAGAUCCUCGUCCGCCCACUGUACUCCAACCCGCCCGUCAACGGUGCCCGCAUCGCGAGCGAGAUCCUCGGUAGCCCGGAGCUGAACAAGCAGUGGCUGGGCGAGGUCAAGGGCAUGGCCGACCGCAUCAUCGAGAUGAGAGCCCUGUUGAAGCAGAAUCUCAAGGACUUGGGUUCCAAGCAUAACUGGGAUCAUAUCACGAACCAGAUCGGCAUGUUCGCAUACACCGGGCUGACCGCCGAGCAGAUGGACAAGCUGGCCAAGGAGCACUCGGUCUACGCCACCAAGGACGGCCGGAUCUCUGUCUCAGGCAUCACCACCGGAAACGUCAAGAGGCUUGCUGAGGCUAUCCACAAGGUCACCAGCUAG